CUGACCAAUCAGCGUUAGGCGGUAAGUUUCAAAACACAAAUGGCGACGGAAAGAAUUGAAGCGCUUCUGGAAAGGACUGACCCUUCCUUCCUGAAAUCAUGCAACACCACCGAAGUGCAGGAAACCGGAGAGGGAGAAAUUAUGGCUCCCUAUCUGAUUGACUGCAGGCGAAAACAGAAGCAUGCAUUCAGACAGCUGUGUGUGGUGGAUGACAUGAUCCAGCUGCUGGCAGGUCUGGAGUCAGUGGAUCAGCUGCUGAGAGAGCCAUGUCCCCGAAACCCAGGUAAUAAUGAAGCUCGUUCCGCAUGGAAGGCAUUAAAAGCUGAAUAUCAAGAGAAAGUUCAGGAGGUGGAGGGGCUGAUCAACACUCUCCAGGCUCGCACUGAGGAGCUUCAGGCUAAACGGAAGACCCUGGAGACUCUACUGUCCACUCUGCAGAUAAAGAAAGAGGAGUGCAAAGAGAAGGAGAGAAUCACAGCUAAACGAAAUCAGAGAGCUGAGAAACAGAUCAGCUUUCAGUUGGAAGAUUCCCUCCAGGCAGCGCAAAACGCUCUGAAUGUGUGUGAUUUGCAGCUCUCUAAGCUCAAGGAUGAGGUUGAAAAACAGCACGCUCGAAUUAGUGACUGGACAAUAUUAAGAGAUGGGCUGCAGACCUUGGUCUCAGUGACUCACAGAAACAUGCAGUACAGGCUGCUGUCAGUCAGUUCCUCUGAGCUGUGCCUCGAGCUCUUGCCUCGUGCUGCCGAAAAAUCACUCGAACCCCUGCGUGUGUCCAUCACCAUGACAACCAGCGAUGAGUUUCAUCUUCAGGUGUUUCAGGGCACUGCUGGUCUUGUCGAGGAGGCGGUGGACGGGCGUCUUAGGCACGUGAGCGCCGCCCUUGUGGAGGUGAUGGAGCGGUACAUAAGUCAAGGAGAGAUGCUGUCUGAGAUUCAGGCUCUGCACUCCAGGUUUGCGAUCGAUUGGUGUCCUGCUGAAAAGCUUCUGAUCUUCCUCAAGACUGCGACCACUGUUUGUCACCUGAGGGUCGAGGAGGGAUACCCUUCACACGGCCGAGCUACUCUCCUGUCUGUGAGGAAAGACGGCAAUCUGCUUGAUAUCGCCCAUCAUCAGCCGCCGGUGCAGCAUCCUGUCCUGACAGAGUGGCUUGAGUUUCUCUCCUCCAAUCCAGACAUCUGACAUCACCAGAUUUACUCCAGCCCAGAUCUUCUGGUUUGACUUCACCAUGAAUGUCAUGAGUCAGAGUCUAUUAUAUUACACGUAAUCCACUGUACAGUUCUGGUUUCAUUGCUGAUACAUAUAAAUUAAUGUUUGUGUCUGCAUUGUGAGUCUAUAUUAUCUAACCAACCCAGACUGCCAUAAUUAUUAAUAGAAUUAUUAUUGGCAUAAAUAACCCAUGCCAAAGCAUUGUAAAUAAACAGUAUUUCAAUUUAAGUCUCAUACUGUAUGUUUUCAAGUAGCAAAGAGUUGUGCAUUGUUCACUUCAGUAAAUACAGGUCCCAUGACAUCUCUCUACAGUGUAGUUUAAAUUUCCUGUGUCUAAUAAAAAAAUCAAAAAAGGUAAAUAAACUGAAUCUAAAAUGUA